UUUUAAAAAACAAAAAACUCUGACCGUAACUGCAAAAGGCAUUAGUAAACAAACAUGGCUGCUGUACUUCGAAAUUGUAUAUUUUUUUGCCGCGGUGCAUCCAUACAAACUAAGUCUUUGUUGAGAAAUUUCCAUGUUUCCAAUGGUUUAUUAUAUCCUAAAGUUGGAGAAUGGAGGAUAAAGCAUGGAAUUCCUGCCAAAGGAGCAGAAUAUGGUCCUCUAACUGAUCUUCCUGAUUGGUCUUAUGCAGAUGGUAGACCUGCUCCUUUGUCUGAAGGACAGAAAAGAAAAAUUAGGCUCAAUAAAGAAUACUGCGAACAAAUUAUAAAACUCUCUAAAGAAGUUGAUGAGGUGAAUGAGCUUAAUAUGGAGAAAGCUUUAAAAGAAGAAUCAUUGAGGCAAAAGGCUAUCAAAAAUAGAUUAAAGCAAAAAGGAGAUCCUGUUGAUUAACAGAAAUUUAGUGUAACGUUUAUGUAGUGUUGUGAAUGGUAGUUGUUGUAUCAAAUUUGUUAAUUAAAUCUUAAUCAAUUUUGUUA